GACAUUUAGUCAAACUACAAAAAAUCGUCGAUACCCAAACACAUUAUUUUAUACGCUCCGUUAGAGUUUUUGUAUUACAUUUUCUUGCGUUGUGAGGCGUAUCUUACUCACCCGGUGCAAAUCAGUCGAAUCAAAUUCAAUCACACAAUGGCAGACAGAGACGAAGUAUCAGACGAUAGGAAGGCCGUUGUCGUCCGAAGUGAAAAUGCUGUUGUUCCAGCCAAUGAACCAGACACCACAAAUUUAGAGGAAAUCAUUACAAUUGAUCCGGAAACGGAGGAGCUCUAUCUGAAUCAUAAGAGAAUUUCGAAGAUGGAGCAUUUCGAGCCACUAGUCAGGAUUGAAAGAUUGUAUUUGCGAUGGAAUCUAAUCAAAAAGAUCGAAGGCUUGGAUACGCUGACGACGCUUAAGGAAUUGGAACUGUACGACAAUCAAAUUGAAGAAAUAGAAAAUCUGGAUGCUCUGAUCAGUUUAGAGUGGUUGGACAUCAGCUUCAAUCGAUUGUCUCAGAUAAAGAAUCUGUCGAAUCUACCGGCCAUGCAGAAGAUUUUCCUUUGCGCCAAUCGAAUAUCGAAAAUCGAAAAUCUUGAACAGUUGUCGACCUUGACCACUCUGGAACUGGGAGACAAUCGCAUUCGGGUCAUCGAAAAUCUUGACUCACUGCAAAAUCUGACUCACCUGUACUUGAGUAAGAAUAAAAUCAGAAAAAUCGAAAAUCUGGACGCGUUGGUGAAUCUGCGAUGUCUUGCAUUGCAAGCGAAUCGAAUUGUUAAAAUCGAAAAUCUCGACAAGCUGGUGAAUUUAGAGGAGCUGUACAUAUCGGAGAACGGAAUCGAGAAGAUUGAAAAUUUGGAAGGAAAUAAACUGCUGACAACAUUGGAUGUGGCCAAAAAUCGAUUGAAAUCCAUCGACAAUGUGUCCCACUUAACAGAUCUCGAAGAGUUCUGGGUGAACGGUAACCAAAUCGCCGACUGGAAAAACAUCGACCAAUUGCAAGCGAACAAGAAAUUGUCGACCAUUUACAUGGAGCACAAUCCGAUUGCGUCAGAUGUACAGUAUCGAAUGAAGGUUAAAUUAGCUUUGCCAUGGCUGGAGCAAUUGGACGCCACUUUAUGCCAUUGAGUUUAGUUAAGUUGUCGUGAUAGCUGCAGCAACAGCUUUGUUUACUUUCACCACACCAGCAUGUUGCACCCUCAAAUUGAACGUCGGAAUAAAUAAACAGAAGUGCCUGGAAAUGGACAUUCUGAUAAAAAAAAA